AUGUCUCAAGCAGCUCAUAUAGCUUCAUCAACGCAGACUCUGACCCCGGAGGAAGCCGAGUCUUACUACUUUAAAAUCAAUCCGCCACCCCCCUCGUUGCAGGAGCAUCAUGACCUGGCAAAGGAGUUCAUAGAUAGACAUGUCCAGACGGGCCGAAGAUUGGUUCUAGUCACCUCCGGGGGAACAACAGUACCCCUUGAGACACAGACCGUCAGAUUUGUGGAUAACUUCUCUGCUGGUACCCGUGGAGCUACUUCUGCAGAGUACUUCUUGCAAGAAGGAUAUGCAGUGAUCUUCUUACAUCGACAGUUCAGCUUACUUCCAUACUCGAGACAUUUCAGCCAUUCAACCAAUUGUUUCCUUGAUUUUAUGGAUGAAGGGGCCUCCUCUUCUGAUUCUUCAGGCACCAAUAAUAAUGGAGACGGUCCUAUUAUUGUCCGAUCUGAAUACCAGGAUGAAAUGCGCAAGGUUCUGCGACAGUACCGAUAUGCGAAGGAUAACAACCUCUUACUUGUCCUUCCCUUCGUUACGGUGACGGAAUACCUGUAUGAACUCCGAUCACUUGCCAACCUGAUGAAACCUCUCGGGCCCAAUGCCCUUUUUUAUCUUGCCGCUGCCGUUUCCGACUUCUUUAUCCCUCGUGAUAGGAUGGUAGAACAUAAGAUCCAAUCAUCCAAUGAACCGGUUACCAAUAAAGAGAAGUCAACGGAAAAGGCGAAUUCUGAUAUUGAUCCCGACACGAUCUAUACUGGAUUCAAUGACCCAAAGCCCCCAACGCAUGGUAAAAAGCUAAUUAUCGACCUUGACCCCGUUCCUAAGUUCUUGCACCGGCUGGUUGAUGGCUGGGCACCGACAGGCAGUAUGGUGGUCAGUUUCAAGCUUGAGACAGAUCCUGAUUUACUUAUAUCGAAGUCUGAGCAAGCGUUACAACGAUAUGCACAUCAUAUGGUUAUUGGUAACCUGCUGUCAACUCGAAAAUGGGAGGUUGUAUUUGUGAGUCGGGACAAGACGACCGGCAAGUUUGGAUUGGAGUGGGUUCGCGUUCCAAAGUCAACCACGAGAAUGAGAAAGGGGAGCGUUGCUGCUAGUGGAGGCACGGCUCAACCCCAGCCUGAAGUUGAAAUUGAGAGUUUGAUUAUUCCGGAGUUGAAGAAGGCGCAUACUGAGAUGAUUGAAACUUUUAGAAAAUCCCACGAAUCGAAGUAG